CCUUUCAUGGACGCGAUCAACUCAGGACAGGUCGACUGUGCUAGAUGGCUGCUGAGGCAAGACGGUUGAAAGCUCCAGCCCGAGAUAUGGUCGUUUUGUAGGGAGAGGGGGCUAGAGUCAGUGCUAACAGCUUAACAGAAGCAAGGUACGGAGAGCGAUCCAUGGCUGUCCCGAUAGACCCACUCAGACUCCUGCCGGAAGAUACUCCUCCGGUUGAUCCAGAUGAGACAGUUCUAGCAGAUGAUCAGUUACAGACUGAAGAACAUAUCCCACAGAUCAAUGCGUCAACAUCUGCAAAUGAAGCUGAUAUCAGAAUCGAAAUGAUGAUGGUACUACACGAGAUGCUCAUGGAAAAGGUAUCAGUUUGCUUUCCUCCUCCCACGAGCAGUACAAAGUGUGGGUUCAACUUUAAUCUGAUAGAAGAUAUCGUAUGCGGAACCCAAGCCCGGCUAUGUCUGUACAUAAUAACGAAAGAAACCGGUUAUGCUGCGAGGGCGUUUAGCUCGAUAGAUGUUGAAAAUGCCCACAGCAUUAUAAAUCAUUUGGACCCUUAG